AUGGCACAGAGAAACUAUCUCGAGUGCUCGCCCCGCAGACGUCCCUUUGAGGAACCCACCGGCCAGCGCUACGCCGGUCAAGUCCCUACUCCCGAGACCCUCGAGCAGCCUGGUGUCCGCCGCCGCCACAUCACAGAAUACAUCGCCUUCAUACGUCCUGAGAUCAGCCACAUCAUCACCGAGUAUGGAAGAGCGGCUAUCAAGAGGGUCUGUCAGGAGCUUUACGCUACUGGUGUGCGAGCGACGCCGUCUCCUUGGUUUGGAUUGAUGUGCGAGCGCAUCAUGUGGAAGAUGUGCUUUGACCCGCUCGGGGACGAUGCUCCGGAGUGGCCUUGGACGCAUGUCAAGUAUCCUUCUGUGCUUGCGCCAGGCGAGGAACCGAACGGCAUUUAUGCGCGAUACUGCCAGGAACGAAGAGUUCAAGAUGAGGGGAUCGCACGAAUGAACCAACAGCUCAAAGCGCAAGCUGACGCAGCAACUGCCGCCCGCGCCGCGGAUCCUAACGACAAAUACACCGUCACGUCCUCAGCUCCCCUUCAGAACAUUGGCGAGCCACUGAGAGUUGAUACCGAUCUCGACAUAAGAAGAGCGCUCUGGAAUCUCACCAUCAGCAAGCCAUUCAACGAAUGCAACGCAGUCGGUCCCUUCGAAGUUGAACCAAAAGUCCCAUUAGGGUGGUACGUCUUCAAAGACCUGGCGGCCAUCAAUGGGCUUCUCCCGGCGUGCAUCGCUGUCAAGUUGAACAUUACGAACAAGAGCGUCUUUGUCACAAUUGUUGAGUCUGCGAAGGUCAACCCCGCGGUCCCUGUGCGGGAGAUUCUUCUUGAUGUUUGGGAGGCUGUGCAGUCGUGGGCGGUGAUGGUCAAUACAGUAGGCGGGGGUGAGAUGAAUACCCUGUUUCAGUACUUCUUAGGGGUUAAGGCGCGUGGUGGGCUCUUGUGGAGAGAGAAAGCUCCUUUGCCGAUGCAGCAGUAG